AUGCGUCAACAUAUCCUCCCCAUCGCCUGCUUGACUGGCUUGUCCCACGCUCUGACGAAAUGGCGGAAUGACACAACUGAUUUUGGCCAACUCAAGUUCUCUGACGACGGGACAUUUCAGCUCUCCAUCUUUGAGGAUUUGCAUUUUGGCGAGAAUUAUUGGGAUUCCUGGGGUCCCCAACAGGACAUCAACAGCGUCAAGGUGCUGCAGAAGGUCCUUGACUCCGACCCUCCUGACCUCGUGGUAUUGAACGGCGAUCUGAUCACCGGCGAGAAUGCAUUCCUUGACAAUGCCACGCAUGUGAUGGACAUGAUUGCUGCCCCCCUGGUCGAGCGUGGGCUGAGCUGGGCGUCGACCUAUGGCAACCAUGACUACCAGCCCAACCUGUCGGGCCAGGCACUCCUCGAGAGGGAGCAUACGUGGCCAAAUGCUCGCACUCGCAGCAUGGUUGCCGGCCGCAACGCCGGCGUCACCAACUACUAUCUGCCGGUGUAUCCCAACGACUGCACCGACUGCAGCAAAUGCGCCCCUGAGCUGCUGCUCUGGUUCUUCGACAGUCGGGGCGGCUUCUACUUUCAAGAAUGGAACGAGGAUGGCUCGCAGAUCGAGCAGCCCAACUGGGUUGACAUAAGCGUUGUCGAGUGGUUCCAGCAGACAAACGCCAAGCUUGUGAACAAGUACCAGAAGAUGAUCCCGUCGCUUGCCUUUGUCCACAUCCCGACAAACGCCUCCCGAGCUCUCCAGACAGAGUCCAAAGUCCAUCCCAACUACCAGCCCGGCAUCGAUGAUGAUUACCCCUUGGCGCCUCAAGCCCAGGGCUGGUGCCCUGACGGCGUCCACGACGGGACCUGUAGCUAUGGCGGCCAAGAUACGCCUUUUAUGCAGGCUAUCACCACGACACCGGGUCUCAUGGCGCUUUUCUCGGGACACGACCACGGUGCGACUUGGUGCUACAAGUGGGAGGGUCUCAUCCCUGGUAUGGUCGUUGCUGGCAACGGCAUCAACAUGUGCUUUGGCCAGCACUCUGGCUAUGGGGGUUACGGCAGCUGGAUCCGAGGCGCCCGACAGGUGCUUGUUACGCAAGAGAAGCUGGUGAAUCUCGAGAUUGACUCGUGGAUCCGCCUGGAGAGCGGUGACAUUGUGGGCGAUGUCUCGCUGAAUGCGACGUAUAAUGAGGAUUGGCUGAUCGCAACGAGCAGAGGCCUUGGCUUUGCGUCCGUCCGCGUACGACUGAGAACUCAGCUGGACAAGACUGAAGCAGUUGACCUGCCGAGGAAAUAA